AUCGCCAAAACCACUACUCUUCUUCAUCGAUCAUCAACAUGGCUAGAUCCUUGUUGCUCUCCCUAACCCUCGCUGUCCUCUUCACCGGAAUGGUCUCAGCUCGUGACUGGAACAUCCUGAACCAGCUCAAAGGAACCACAACAAAGACUAGCCAGACCGGCGUCACAUCUUUGAAAGGACCAAACCUAAACGGAUACUGCGAAAGCUGGAGAGUCAACGUGGAGCUUAACAACAUCAGGGACUUUUUGGUGGUGCCACAAGAAUGUGUAUGGUUCGUCCAAAAGUACAUGACCUCAUCUCAAUACGAGGAUGACGUGGAGAGAGCCGUCGAUGAAGCCAUCCUCUACCUCGGAAAAACUUGUUGCGAAAAGAAGAUAUGCGAUGGCAUGGAUGCUUGGAUCUUUGACAUUGAUGACACUCUUCUCUCCACCAUUCCUUACCACAAGAGCAACGGCUGUUUCGGUGGUGAGCAAUUGAACACGACCAAGUUCGAGGAAUGGCAAAAAUUGGGCAAGGCACCAGCAGUUCCCAACAUGGUGAAGUUGUACCAUGAGAUCAGAGAGAGAGGUUUCAAGAUCUUUUUGAUCUCUUCUCGUAAAGAGUAUCUCAGAUCUGCCACCGUCGAAAACCUUAUCGAAGCCGGUUACCACGGCUGGUCUAACCUCCUUCUCAGGGGAGAAGAUGAUGAGAAGAAGAGUGUGAGCCAAUACAAAGCAGACUUGAGGUCAUGGCUUACAAGUCUUGGUUACAGAGUUUGGGGAGUGAUGGGUGCACAAUGGAACAGCUUCUCUGGUUGUCCAGUUCCCAAGAGAACCUUCAAGCUCCCUAACUCCAUCUACUAUACCCAAUUUCACCUCACAGUUUGGUACAACCUCAGUUUUCUUCACAACAAAUUCAAACAUCUUCUCCUUAUAUUACUUCUUAUCUCUUCAAUCAUCAAAACACAUAGUCACAUACAUUCCUCUCUCCUUCCUUCUGCUCUGCUUUCGAGCUCAGCUUGCCUCACCAUGGAACCAAACACCAUGGCCACCUUUGACGAUGAGCAUCGUCAUUCAUCCUCGGCUAAGAUCUGUAGAGUUUGUGGCGAUGAGGUCAAAGGCGAUGACAAUGGCCAGACUUUUGUGGCGUGCCACGUGUGCGCUUACCCGGUUUGCAAACCUUGCUAUGAAUAUGAGCGUAGCAACGGUAACAAAUGUUGCCCUCAAUGCAACACUAUUUACAAACGCCACAAAGGCUCUCCGAAAAUCGCUGGAGAUGAAGAAAACAAUGGUCCCGAUGAUUCAGAUGAUGAGUUGAAUAUCAAGAAUCGCCACGAUGCUUCCUCCAUUCACCAGAAUUUUGCCUAUGGAUCGGAAAAUGGAGAUUACAAUAGUAAGCAGCAAUGGCGUCCAAAUGGUCGGGCCUUUUCUUCCACCGGAAGUGUGUUGGGGAAAGACUUUGAAGCUGAAAGAGAUGGCUACACAGAUGCGGAGUGGAAAGAACGAGUAGAUAAAUGGAAAGCGAGGCAAGAGAAGAGAGGUUUAGUGACUAAAGGCGAACAAACAAACGAAGACAAAGAAGAUGAUGAAGAAGAAGAAUACCUAGAUGCUGAAGCAAGACAACCUCUCUGGAGAAAAGUCCCAAUCUCAUCGAGCAAAAUCAGUCCUUACCGCAUUGUGAUCGUUCUUCGUCUUGUGAUCUUAGUUUUCUUCUUCCGUUUCCGUAUCUUGACACCAGCAAAAGACGCAUACCCUCUCUGGCUUAUCUCAGUCAUCUGUGAGAUCUGGUUCGCACUUUCUUGGAUCCUUGAUCAGUUCCCGAAAUGGUUUCCAAUUAACCGAGAAACCUAUCUUGACCGUCUCUCUAUGAGAUUUGAACGGGAUGGCGAAAAGAACAAGCUUGCACCGGUUGAUGUGUUUGUCAGUACGGUGGAUCCGCUCAAGGAACCUCCGAUAAUCACAGCCAACACUAUUCUUUCGAUCUUAGCUGUUGAUUACCCAGUAAAUAAGGUUAGCUGCUAUGUGUCUGAUGACGGUGCAUCAAUGCUCCUGUUCGACACAUUGUCUGAAACUUCCGAGUUUGCAAGGAGAUGGGUUCCGUUUUGCAAGAAGUACAAUGUUGAGCCAAGAGCACCAGAGUUUUACUUCUCUGAGAAGAUUGAUUACUUAAAGGAUAAAGUCCAAACUACAUUCGUCAAAGAUCGCAGAGCAAUGAAGAGAGAAUAUGAAGAAUUCAAAGUGAGGAUCAAUGCCUUAGUGGCUAAAGCUCAGAAGAAGCCUGAAGAAGGUUGGGUGAUGCAAGAUGGUACACCAUGGCCUGGUAACAACACUCGUGAUCAUCCCGGGAUGAUUCAGGUGUAUCUCGGUAAAGAAGGAGCAUUCGACAUUGAUGGUAACGAAUUGCCACGCCUCGUGUAUGUAUCAAGAGAGAAGCGUCCUGGUUACGCACACCACAAGAAAGCUGGAGCUAUGAAUGCAAUGGUUCGAGUCUCAGCAGUGCUCACAAAUGCUCCAUUCAUGCUUAAUCUUGACUGUGAUCAUUACAUCAACAACAGUAAAGCCAUAAGAGAAUCAAUGUGCUUUCUAAUGGAUCCACAGCUUGGUAAAAAGCUUUGUUAUGUUCAAUUCCCUCAAAGAUUCGACGGAAUUGAUCAUAACGAUCGAUACGCCAACAGAAACAUCGUCUUCUUCGAUAUAAACAUGAGAGGCUUAGAUGGAAUUCAAGGACCAGUCUACGUAGGAACAGGAUGUGUAUUCAAUAGACCAGCAUUAUACGGAUACGAACCACCGGUAUCGGAAAAAAGAAAAAAGAUGACCUGUGAUUGUUGGCCGUCGUGGAUUUGCUGUUGCUGCGGCGGAGGUAACCGUAAUCACAAAUCGAAAUCAUCAGAUUCGUCAAAGAAGAAAUCAGGAAUCAAAAGCUUGUUAUCGAAACUAAAGAAGAAGAACAAGAAGAAGAGUGAUACUACAACGACGAUGAGUAGCUAUAGUAGAAAACGAUCAUCGACGGAGGCGAUUUUUGAUUUGGAAGAUAUUGAAGAAGGGCUUGAAGGAUAUGAUGAGCUUGAGAAAUCGUCGUUAAUGUCGCAGAAGAAUUUUGAGAAGAGAUUUGGGAUGUCUCCUGUGUUUAUUGCGUCGACGUUGAUGGAGAACGGAGGUUUGCCGGAGGCGACGAACACGAGCUCGUUGAUCAAAGAAGCUAUUCAUGUUAUUAGCUGUGGUUAUGAAGAGAAGACUGAAUGGGGCAAAGAGAUUGGAUGGAUAUAUGGAUCAGUCACGGAAGAUAUCCUUACAGGAUUCAGGAUGCAUUGUAGAGGCAAACUCAAGAUUCUUGAACGUCUUGCUUACAUCAACACAAUUGUUUAUCCUUUCACUUCUAUUCCUCUACUCGCUUAUUGUACUAUUCCGGCUGUUUGUCUUCUCACCGGCAAGUUCAUCAUUCCUACGAUAAACAAUUUCGCAAGUAUAUGGUUCCUGGCUCUGUUCCUAUCAAUCAUCGCGACGGCGAUCUUAGAGCUCCGGUGGAGUGGUGUGAGCAUAAACGACCUCUGGCGUAACGAGCAAUUCUGGACUGGUCCGUUACUAAAGCAGUGUGGCGUCGACUGUUAAUCAGGAACCGCAUUUGCGUUUGCGUUUUGUUCACCCUUUUGAGCCAUUUUGCUUGGCCUAAUUUCAGAUUUUGGUGUUCUUUGUUGGAUUAUAUGGAUUUGUAAGGACAAAAAAAAAAUACAAACUUUGAAUUACUUGUGAAAUAAAAUAGACAAAUUUCU